AUGCAGUCUUUCCAUAGCGCUAAGGAGAGAUUUGGAGUGGAUGUAUGCGUGACGAAUGAGGAUCUAACAAAGGCUCCAGAAUGUCCACACGGUAGGCACUGAUCGAACGUUAGGGUACCCACUGGAUUUUCCUAGGUUGUUUCUUUUAACACCAUUUAACUGAUUUAAGCCAGAGAAACAUGUGGUUAAAAGCAGGCAACAUGUUCGAGAGCUUUAUGAGAGUAAGGUUUGUCACUAUAUCUGCCAUAUGAAUUUACCAAAGCAUUUUCUGGCGGAAAAUCCGAGAGAUUCAAACUACUGACUCAUGACUCAUAUGGCUCAUGACAGACUCAUUACAGAUUGCCCCCAACCCCUCCCCUCCAAGAGGUAUACAGUCAACUCUCUCUUCACGGACACCAUUAUAAGACGGACACCUCUCUAAGAUGGACACCUGGUGUUGGUCCCUGUAGUUUUUCAGUCAUUUUAUUGUAACUCUUCUCUCUAUAAGACAGGACAACCCUCUCAGACGGACAACAGACACUAAUUUUGAAAUUGUCAACAGACCCUUGGGAAGAGCUAUGUGCAGUGAAAAAUCCCUCAAAACCGAAGUGUAGGUGCUCUGCAUGACAGUAAAUUGCAAAAUUUUGAUUAUUUUGUAGUCUUGCUCCAGUUCGCGGAGUAUACUCUGUUACACUUUUAGACCACAAAGAGGUGAAUGUUAGCUUUAUGAAUGAGCCUUUGAUUGCACAAUAAGAAAAUGAUUCCACUUUUUUUGCUACAGUUUAAACUGUUUUGUACAAGUUAAACAGCUGUCUUUUCAUUGCGAAUACAUGUAGGUUCAGCGUUAAUUUCUUAAAAUUACUGGUGUCAUGUUACCUUGACUCUCUUCAAGAUGGACACCUGUCUAAGAAGGACAGUCAGGGCCAGUCCCAAAGAUGUCUGCCUUAGUGAGAGUUGACUGUAUAUUGAGAAUUAAAGAUAUUGAGAUUCUGAACUUAGAGCUGGGAAACGUAGUGAGUAGUCGGAAAAAGAGUUGCUUUAUGCCCCAAACUUCCUUGUGGAAGGACUUCCAAGCUGUAAGCUUAAGGGUAUAAGAAGUAUUUUCUGUGGAAGUCACAUAUCAUUUUAAACCUGGAGCAGCAAACAUCACGAUCAAUGAGAGAUUUAGACUUAAUUUAUCAGUGAGUCUAUGCAUUUUGGUGGCAGCGCCAAGUCAUUUCAGGGUUUGCAGUAGGACACUCCUGGCUCAUGAAGACAUUGCUGAAGAAUGUUAAAAUUAUAAACAACUGCACUAAGUUGGCAAUUCAUGCUUUGCUAAUCAAAUGUGACCACCAGGGAAUGUUCUUUAGAUCAAGUUUACUAUCAAACUUGGAAACGAACCCCACAGUUGCUCCAACAAAUUUCUUCGAGUGUGAUUUUUCAAGAAAGCAUUAGAAGUCAGUUGUUAGAGCGUAAGAUAGUUAAUGAAACUAGGAGACUUAGGACAAAGUCAGGAGACUUGGCAAGUCUGUCAUUGACUCAUUUACACUUAAUUCUCUUUCUCUACAGGAGUGUCAUCUUGACUUAGUCACCCUAUUGAUCUCUGUCACCCCAAUCACCCAUCUCACUUUUCUUUUGUAGGGCCCAUGCUUCUGUUUGAAAGAUUCUUUNCUUGGAAACGAACCCCACAGUUGCUCCAACAAAUUUCUUCGAGUGUGAUUUUUCAAGAAAGCAUUAGAAGUCAGUUGUUAGAGCGUAAGAUAGUUAAUGAAACUAGGAGACUUAGGACAAAGUCAGGAGACUUGGCAAGUCUGUCAUUGACUCAUUUACACUUAAUUCUCUUUCUCUACAGGAGUGUCAUCUUGACUUAGUCACCCUAUUGAUCUCUGUCACCCCAAUCACCCAUCUCACUUUUCUUUUGUAGGGCCCAUGCUUCUGUUUGAAAGAUUCUUUAAAGAUGGCCGAUCACCUCGUAGGUUUUAUGCAUGCUCAGCAUCUAGAGACAGAAAGGACUGUUCAUUUUUUCAGUGGGAAGAAGAAAAAAUUUCAGAAGCCAGGAAAAAAGCCCAUAAAGAAAUUAUAAAAAAAUCAAGAUUACCAUUUAUUGAAGCUUGUCAUAAGUAUCAGAGCAUAUUUGAAUCAUUGGACAAUUUGCAAAGGAAAAAAUGUUUGUUUUGUCAUUCUUGUGGCCUGCUGUUUAUGCCAAAGGAGAAAGGAAAACACCGUACCCAUGAAUGUGAACAGGCAGGUGAUCUCAGGAAACCAACAGUGAUGAUGAGGCCAAGAGAAAAUGAGAAGACACAAGCUGUAAGUUCAAGGGACCUACAUUUUAUUUAUAGUACUAUAACUGCACUGUAGUCACCAAAUUACUAGUCAAUGUCUUGUGUAUCUGUUACAAGUCAAAUUUGAUUAUAGGUAAAAAAAUUUUAACCUAGGUUGAUCUCAAUUUCCUUUUUCUUCUAGGGCUAGGAGACAAUUAUGGAAAUUGAGAAUCAACCUAGGUUAGAUCAAAAUUAACCUGAAAUCAAAUUUGACUUGUAACAUAUCCAUGCUUGCUUUUGUUUUUCUUUGCGUUACCUUGUCUCUUCGUGCCCCAUUAUGCAUGAGGCCUUCACACUUCUCCACCAACCUGCUAUCUUGAAAAGUGUGUCUGGUUUUACAGGGAUGGGACAUUAACCCUUUGCCCAACCCCUAACCUGGAGGGCCAGGCAUUGCAAUUUAUUCGUCUGGCGUUUUACCCAAAACCUUGCAAGCAUGGUUGAACCCACCAGGACCAAGGUCCUCACUGUUAUAGCAACCACCAAAUUAUGGCGCAACACUAAACAAGGAGGAUUCUUUUAUAUUACCUUGCUUUAUUGUUUUAAUUUUUUUUUGGUCUUGAGAAACAACAGAGAAAAGUUCAAAGGAAACAGCUGAUCCUGAUAUUAUGUAUAACCAGAAUUUCCAUUUCCAUUAUGUAUAACCAGAAUAACCAUUUCCAUUCUCAACGUAUUUGCAUGUACAUUGUAUUUUAUCAAAUGUUGUAAAAAUGCCUUUUUUUCCAUGAAAUUUUUUUGUUUCAGCAAUACUUCUUUUCAAGGAAGGCAACUAAGUUCAUAGCUUCCCUUUUUGAGGAUUUAGGCUUCAAGAAUGUUUUAUGUGUUGGAACUCCAAGGUACUGUUUUAGAAUAAAAAUUAUUUGAUUGUUAUAACCAUUUAUUGAGUGCCCUUGUGAUUAAGAAUGAAUGCCACCUUAUUAGCCAAUCAGCACUUGCCUGUAUGUUAAAAGUACAGUCAAACUAAUACAUAUACAUGCAAUAUCAUUCACAUUGUCGUUAAUUUUUUAUUUUCAGACUUCAUGAAGAAAUUCAAUGUAGCCGUCAGACAUCAGAUGGGCAUCUUGAUAGUCUCCUUAUGGAUGUUGACUUCCGUUAUGUAUGUUAUCAUACAAAGAUGAUUAAACCUUUUUGACUAGUAAUUGUCUUUGAUUGCAUGUUAGGGUGUCCUUGAUUAUGCCAGUUAUGGUUGCUACUUUUUUUCAACACAGGCCCAGUUUUUUCCAUCUUCCAAGUUUUGCUUGUACAACAUGUUCAAUCAUUUCUUCUUUGAGAGUGUUACAAGUGAGAAGGUAUUCCAAGACUUUCUGAGGAGAGAGGGGCUAGUUUUGGUGAUGGACCCUCCAUUUGGUGGUUUGGCUGAAGUUCUUGCUCACUCUGUAAAGAUAAUUUGGGAUCAGUGGAGGAAAGUUAAUAGUGAUGGUAAUGUUUUUAAAAAUAAUUAUCUGCAUUCCNAGGGUGUCCUUGAUUAUGCCAGUUAUGGUUGCUACUUUUUUUCAACACAGGCCCAAUUUUUUCCAUCUUCCAAGUUUUGCUUGUACAACAUGUUCAAUCAUUUCUUCUUUGAGAGUGUUACAAGUGAGAAGGUAUUCCAAGACUUUCUGAGGAGAGAGGGGCUAGUUUUGGUGAUGGACCCUCCAUUUGGUGGUUUGGCUGAAGUUCUUGCUCACUCUGUAAAGAUAAUUUGGGAUCAGUGGAGGAAAGUUAAUAGUGAUGGUAAUGUUUUUAAAAAUAAUUAUCUGCAUUCCAUAUGACUUUAACUGGAAUAUUAUAAUUUAAUAAAAUCUAACUAGUGGUCUAUUACUGAUUGGUUUUAAGCUACUAGUAGGCUAUACGUUAUAGCCCCCUAGUAGUGAAAAGCGAGGGCUGUUUGGUGGCAAAAAAGGAUUGAAGUCUAGCUUUAACUAGCUAAAAUUUUUUAUUCUCAAUAUUUUUGACCAACUUGUUAGAUUUUACUAAAAAAAAUUAUUCCUCUCGCCCUCAUUUCGUCUGAGUCAAUAGCCCAUUCGGCCUUCAGCCUCGUGGGCUAUUGACUCAGAGCCCAUUCAGGCUCAAGGAAUAACUGUUAAAUACACUCGAGCCCCCCAUUAAGAGGCUGAGCCAGGUCUGAAGUUUUUUUUCUGGUUGAAGAGAUUUUUUGGGUGAUGCGGAGAUGGAAUUUGUUAUGGGAUUUACAAAGAACAAUGUUACAUUCGCAUUUUAUCUCAUUCACUUGUCAAAAUCGGGAAUAAAAAACUUUGAAUUUUUGCAAAAGAUCAAUUAUGUCAGUCUGUUCUUCAUAUUCUUGCUGCUUGGAUUGUACAUGAAUGUGAUGAGAUGCAGACUGCACACAGGAUAAUGAUCAUUCAACUUUCUUGGAAUCAAGGUCUGGAAUGGACUUCCAAAUCAGGACAAGAUUCUUAUACACGUAAUGAUUUUAAAAGGAACUUCAGAAAACAUUUUCUUUAAGCUAACCUAGUAUUUCGUGUGUGCGCGCUAUAUAUAUCCUGUAAAUAUUUAUGUUUUUAUUAAUUUAAUAUUUUAUUCAAUUUGUCUAAUAUUCUUUAAUUAAAAUGGUUUGUUCUUUAAUUGAGUCAUAUUGAAGUAGAAGAGUCCUUAUAGGGAGCCUCGAUGAGGUAUUCUAUUCUUUUCUAAGUUUCUAUUCUACUGUGAAUACCAAAAACAAGUAUUAUUUAUUUUGUUGUAGAAUUUAAAGAUAAGGAACUACCUACCCUUUGGAUAUUUCCAUAUUUCAUGGAGCCUCAUGUAAAAGCAGCACUUCCAUCUUUAACCAUGCUUGAUUAUAAGGUAAAAAAAAAACAUCUUUUUGCAUUACGGCUUCAUUUUUUCCCCACUUGUUUCUGAGCCUUUGGGGCUUCAAGCAUAAGCUGUGUUGUUUCUGCUUUUAAAGGUCAAGUUCUUUGCACAAAUCGUUUCUUUGGGCCUCUGACAUUUUUUCACUAAUAAAUUCACAAUCUUGGGUUUCAACAUUCUCAACCUCCACAACCUCGGCCAUGUUUUCUUCGUGCCCAAAUAUGCCCGAGGUCAAGAGCGCGCUUACUCACCAUCUUCCCGCGUUUUUGGUGCUGGAAAAUUGACCAAUCACAGGUGUUGUGAAGCGUAGCAAGUUGUGACGCAAAUAAUAAAAUUGAAAGUUUGUUGCAAAAAGUAGAACUCAACAUCGAAAUUUGUUGCGUGACAAGUUGAGAGCGAAGGUGGUAAUACGGGCAACAACGCUUUUCAACUUGCAAUGCAACAGUGUUGCGCGACAAGUUGAGCGAAAAUUUUGCCCGUAUUACUUGACCUUAACGUAAGCUGCAACAAUUCUUUUCUCCUACCAUCACGGAAACUAUCCAAACUUUGUUUGCAUUUUGACAAGAUGUAAACGAAGGGAGAAAGUUUGGUCAAAAUAGAUCUUUUUGGUCGCAGGAAUGUGCCUGGAGAACCUUUUUGACCAAAUGGAACACAGUGAAAUUUUUAAAAGAAAUUAUUCAACCCUGUUGUAAAAACCAUUCAGAUGUUCUAAAAUUAGAGAAAAAACACACUUGACCGAUUUUCUGACUAGAAGCUUGUAACCUAACCUAAGAAAAGAGCCCGCAUUUUGCAGCGCUACCAUUGGAUUCCACGCGGAAUGACAUCUGAGGAUGAAGCGCAGAAAUUCCAUUCUGAUGACGUGUCACUACUCAGAUUUGCAUAGUGCUUCUGAAUGAUAGAAUCAAAUUUCCUGCGCGGCACGACCAAUCAGAAGCAUUACCCAGAUCUGUGUAGUGAACGUCAUCAAUAUGUAAUUUCUGCAGUCGUUUGAUCCUUAGAUGUCAUUUCUCGGGGAACCCAGUGGAGUAGCAUCGUGAAAAGUCGGCUCUUCUCUCAAUCUACUUGUAACCUUACACCUGCAUAUCCCUUUAAGUCGCAAGAGUGACCAACAUCAAUUUUCUCCCAACAAUAUCAGUACACAAUCAAGAGAAAAGGUUGUGAGAAUUCAUAAAAUAAUCACCUGAGGGAAAAUGCCUUGAUCUUUUAUCAAAUUCUCUCAACUUAUUCUUUAUAGAAAUGUAUAGAGACCAGUUUGGAGAAUCUCUAUGUUGAUACUGGGGAUAAAGGGAUAUGCAAACCUUAAUAACGCGAUCUCUAUUUCGUUUUUGUGCAGGUUGACUAUGACAAUCAUCCACAUUUUAAAAGUAAAAACAUGAAAGGAUCUAAACGGGGUUCACCUGUGAGAAUUUUUACCAACAUAAAUGCUGCUGACAUCGUUUUACCUGCAGAAGAAGGUUACAGGUAUUCUUUUUACUUCCCACAAUGUUAACCUUUUUAAAAGCCCAAUAUCCACAAUACGGACUGGUCUCCAUACAUUUCCUUAACUAAUAAGCUGAGAAAAUAAGAUAAGAGAUCAAAGCAUUUUAUUUUGGGUGAACUUUUUACUAAUUCUCAUAACCUUAUUUCCUGAUGAUGUACGGAUAUUGUUAAGAGAAUAUUCAUGUUCGUCACUUUUGGGAGAGAAAAGCAAACGUCAUUUCCUCUCGUCCUUUCCCCUGAUAACUCCCUUCAUGGAAAGGACAACCUGUGAUCGAAAAACAGACGGACGAACCCACAAACCGACGGAGUAUUAAACGGACGGACGGACGGACGUACCGAUGGAUAGAAAAACGGACAGACCGACGGACGGAUCGAUAGAAAAACGGACGGACGGACAGACAAACGAACGGACGGACAGAGGGAAGGACAAACAGACGUAGGCACGGACGGACGGAUAGUCGUCAGUUGAAAACGAUGUGUUUGAAAGUUAGCCUGUGAAGUUGCUUGACUGUAGCUUAUGUCAAUAAGAAUUAAAAACUGAAAUAUAUACUAAAAGUAUCUACAAAUGUGAGAUUGUCGACAGUAUGCCAAAUAUAUACAGAUUCAUCAUUUCUAAAACUACCAAUAGAUACGGUUGUUACCUUAAAACUUGAGACUAAAUUCAUUGAAAACACCCAUAGAUUCAUAGGUUCUAUAUUGAAUAUCAUUUGCCAGGACACUAUGUUUUUUGGUCACUACGUUCCUUAGUACUGAGCCUCAGUACGUGAGAGUCUUUUAUGCAGCAAUUGUUGAAACGGGGAACUAUUAGUGAGUCACGUGUCAGGGAUGAAUAACUUCUGGCUCGUUUCUUUUGCGAUACAAUCACUUAGAGUAACAGGUUAUCCGUAGUAGUAUAGUAGUGCGCAUUAUGAAAACUAAUAACAAUAGCAGAUUUAUAAUAAAGAAGCGGUCUUGCCACCGCAUGCGUUGCUGAGUUUAGACAUGGGAAUCAAAAUCCACACUAGCAACUCUUUAUUUUAAUUCAGAUUUUGUAAGAGCUGUAACAGAUAUGUGGCACCUGAAAAUAUCCACUGUGGCAAAUGUAAUGGUUGUAUGUCAAAGGUAUGUAAUCAUUAACUAAAUUCCUACUCGGUCAUACGAUUUACACUUAAUCAGCGUAGUCAUUGUCUUAACUUUUCCUAGAAGGUGUGGAUGUACGUAUACAUGCAUGUCUGAUUGUUUUAUCCUGUGGGAAAGGUGCUUGAUAUUUUGCCAACCUAUUAUUAAACAUGAAAUAUUCAUACACUUUGUGAAUUCUGGACCCUUAGUAGCUGACUGGAAUCAUUAUUGGCUAUAUUGCAGUUUUUCGUGGUUUAAUGACGUUAAUGAAUUUUACGAAGCAUAAUCUAGUUGGUCGUAAAAUUUCAAGGUUUUAAGGUAUUCGAGUGCUUUGUUCCUUUGUUCCAAAAGAAUGUGGCUGUAGAUGGUUGAAGAAACGGGGCGGUGAGACGUGCAAAGGGCUUUUUGAACAUUUAAUGGCUUUUCAUUGAAAAAAAAAGGGUAAAUAAAUAAAUAAAAAAAGCAUCCCGUCUUUAAUGCCAGGGCACUGAGGGCCUCGUGCUGUAUUUGAACUUCUUGGUCAUUCUACAGCCUGCGCGUGCCUUUGUUUACCUAUCAAGCACUCACAUCGAUUUCUUACCUAAAUUUGACCGACUGAAAUAGCCUGCCUAAUUAGUACAGGCUAAUUAAUGUUAUGCGUUGGGUUAAACAAGGAGAAAGAAUGAAAAUGACAACUUGUAAAACAUGAAUUUUAACGGUUAGUUUUAUGUAUGUCAUGUUUUUGUAGGACGGACGACAGUAUGUUCACUGUGAGAUGUGUGGCAAAUGUGUUAAGCCAGGUAACAAUAAUUUGUUUAGUAAACUUAAGUUUAAGGGAAGUGCUUUUGAAAUUUCAACAACAACAAAACUCAGUUUUAUUCUUUGCUGUGACAGGCCUAGAGCACUGUAUGACUUGUGAUCGUUGUGACUUGAAGGGACAUGCUUGCAAGAGGUAG